AGCCCGCCCUGGAUUUGUUAUCCUCUAAAUUUUUCGGGAGCUCGAAAGGCAAUUUGCUCCGCUGAGCUCCCUCCAUUCGUUGAUGCCACCGCAAGAAAGCCUCCUCCGAUACAAAGGCGACAAAGAAGUAGUAAUUUCGACCCCGAACCCGCUACAGUCCAUCCCGGAGUAGGCGCGGUGAUAGCAAGAGACUCCAAAGUAGGUGUAAUUUUCCUCAUGUUACUGUAGGAGCUUACUAUUCUCUUAUUUGAAUCUCUUGCCUUGAGUUGCAAUGUUGUUUAUUUCGAAUUGCUACUCGACGGUUCGGAAAACCCUGACUAAACCUUUUGGGUUUCUCCAUUCCUUUCUCUUCAGUACUUUUAUUCAGUCUGAUGUAGUUGCUCGUGUACCAAUAAGACUUUUUUCUGCACAUUCCGUGACUCGUUUUACGAUUAACGCAUAUUUCUCCUCAUCAUCGGUAAAUAUUAACUUUGAUUCUCAUUUAAGCACUAAUUGUAGUACCCAUUGUGUGGGAAAUGUUGAAUUUGAUUACGAUGAUAAUGGGUUUGGUAAAGUUGGACAAACUAAAUUCAGUGAUUGUGGCGCUUUUGGUUCCUUUGCUAAUGAUAAAGGUGAGUGUCUGGAGGAUCAAAGUCCUAGUUUUGAUAGUUCUGAGGGGUUUGACGAAUCCAGUGAACUUGAUGAAGGAGAGGAUGGUGAUGAUGAUAAAGACGAUGAUGAUUGUUCAGUUUUGAAUUCUUAUAAUCAAAACGGUGAACAUAAAAAAGAAAUCAGAAGAGUUGAGUUGCAAGAAGACGAAUUCAGACACCCUUUGGUGAGAGAAAUUUGUAGGUUGAUUGAAGUGAGGUCAGCAUGGAACCCCAAGCAUGAAUGGCUUUUAAGGCGCUCGCUAAGAAGCCUCAAGCCACGGCAAGUUUGUGCUGUUUUGCACUCUCAGGCUGAUGAACGGGUGGCUUUGAAAUUCUUUUAUUGGGCUGAUCGGCAGUGGCGGUACCUGCACAACCCAAUUGUCUAUUAUGCGAUGCUUGAGAUUCUUAGUAAGACUAAAUUGUGUCAAGGUGCUAGGCGGGUUUUACGGCUCAUGGCUCGAAGGGGAAUUGAGCGUCAACCUGAAGCUUUUAGCUAUGUGAUGGUGUCCUAUAGUCGAGCAGGGGAAUUGAGGAAUGCAAUGCGGGUCUUGUCAAUGAUGCAGAAAGCUGGUAUUGAACCUGAUCUGUUAAUAUGUAACACUGCAAUAUAUGUUUUGGUGAAGGGAAAUAGGUUGGACAAGGCAUUGAAAUUUUUUGAACGAAUGCAACUUGUUGGAGUUAAACCCGAUGUUGUCACCUACAAUUGUUUGAUCAAAGGAUAUUGUGAUGUGCAUCGAAUAGAAGAUGCAGUGGAGCUGAUUGCUGAAAUGCCAUCUAAAGGAUGCUCCCCUGAUAAAGUUAGUUACUACACAGUGAUGGGAUUUCUUUGCAAGGAAAAAAGGACUAAUGAUGUAAGGAGCUUGUUGGAGAAAAUGGUAAAAGAUAGUAAUUUGUUUCCAGACCAGGUUACUUAUCAUACUCUCAUUCACAUGCUUUCAAAGCAUGGUCAUGCAGAUGAGGCUCUUGAAUUCUUAAGAGAAGCAGAAGAUAAGGGAUUUCGAGUUGAUAAAGUUGGAUAUAGUGCUAUUGUUCACUCAUUCUGUAAGGAGGGAAGGAUGGACCAAGCAAAAGAAAUUGUCAAUGAAAUGUUCUCCAAGGGCUGCAUCCCUGAUGUAGUAACUUACACUUCCAUUGUUAAUGGGCUUUGUCGGGUUGGAAAGCUUGACCAAGCUAAAAAGAUGCUGCAGCACAUGUACAAGCAUGGCUGCAAGCCAAACACUGUGACACAUACAGCCUUGUUAAAUGGGCUUUGUCGGAACGGGAACUCAUUGGAGGCAAGAGAGAUUAUGAAUAUGAGCGAGGAAGAAUGGUGGACUCCAAAUGCCAUCACUUAUUGUGUUCUGAUGCAUGGGUUGCGUAGGGAAGGAAAAUUGUCUGAGGCCUGUGACGUGGUCAGGGAAAUGGUUAGAAAGGGAUUUUUUCCAACGCCAGUUGACAUUAAUUUACUUAUUCAGUCACUUUGCCGAGAUGGAAGAGUGGAUGAGAGUAAAAGAUUCAUGGAGGAUUGUCUGAACAAGGGUUGUGCUGUCAAUGCGGUGAACUUUACCACCGUUAUCAAUGGAUUUUGUCAAAAGGAUGACUUGGAGGCUGCUAUGUCAUUGCUUGAUGAUAUGUUUCUAAGUAACAAGCACCCUGAUGCUGUCACUUACACGGCUGUAAUUAAUGCUUUGGGCAAGAAAGGUAGGAUAGAAGAGGCCACUGAACUUACAAUGAAGAUGCUUCAAAAGGGUUUGGUUCCGACACAGGUUACUUACAGAACAGUAAUUCACUGUUAUUGUCAAUGGGGUAGAGUGGAAGAGUUGGUUAAACUAUUAGAGAGAAUGCUUUCAAGGCAAAAAUGUAGAACAGUGUAUAAUCAAGUUAUCGAGAAGCUAUGUAGUUUUGGAAAUCUGGAGGAAGCAGAUAAACUCUUGGGUAAAGUUUUGAGAACAGCUUCAAGAAUUGAUGCUAAUACAUGCUAUGUGCUUAUGGAAAGUUAUUUGAGCAAAGGGAUUCCUCUAUCAGCAUAUAAAGUAGCUUGUCGUAUGUUUAACCGGAAUCUUAUUCCUAAUAUAAAGUUAUGUGAGAAGGUGAGCAAACGACUGAUGUUAGAAGGAAAAAAAGAGGAAGCAGAUAACCUUAUGUUACGGCUUGUUGAGCGUGGUUGUGUUUUACCUCAGCACCCAGAGCAGUCGUGAAGCGGAAGGUCAUUAUAGCUCAAAUUCAGAUAGUUUCCAUAUGAUCCCCAGGGCUUUAAAGUGGGAACUGUUGGAGAAUGAAUGUCAUUCUACGUUGUGAAUAUGUAAAGGAGUUGCAGAUAGUGGCGGGAGUUGGGCAGGUGGGUGCGUAUUUCACUCAAGGACAAUCUUCCCCACUUGCAGAUUUUGAGGUUUAGAGGGCUGCAUGUAACAACUUUUAUCAGUGGGUCCUCGGCAAAGUAGAUGGAAGUGCUAUCUUUUCAGAUGGCUAAGCUCGACUGAAAGACACCAUAUGGAACAUUCUUACUUAUAUGCAUCGGAGCAGCGAAUCCACUGACAAAAAAUGUGCAGUUAUGGUCAGUACGUCUUCUUUCUUCAAUAUUUGCUGAUUAAUUUAUACCUUUAAGCCCAUUAGGUCAUUUUAUUGUCUGGGACAAAGCGUCAAUGACAAUGAUGACGACAACGAAGAAGAAGACGAUUCCUACUCGAACUGUGACAAGAAUAGUUAUCAGCGUAGGAACCUGCAAUCAAUCUUAACCCUGGCCACAUGUGCUUUGGUUUAUUAGAUUUGUCCAUUUGAGUUUGAUUAUCAUGACAUGGUCCACAAUCCUUGAUUGAAUGAAUCUUCAUAAGGUUGUCCAUUUUUAGUUCUCAUGCUUUGUUUCUAACAAAUCUUGGAAAAUUAUCAAUUUCUUCGAAGUGUGAAUUUUCUUUUAGUACUUCCAAGGGUGUGGUGCACGGGUUGUUGGAUUUGGCUCAUUAAAUUGGAUCAAAUACCAUGAGAAACGUUGAGCCAA